AACGCGAAGCCGGCACAGGAGAUCCUCUGCUGCCAGUGGUUUCCUUCCCUGGAGGCUCUCACCUGAUCCCUGCAGGAAUGGCCCUGGGGCUCAGUGCUUCUCCACCAGCUGUGCUUCUGCUCCUGUCCCUGCUGGGUCUGGCUGCUGCUGGGAAGCUCCUGGUGGUAUGGGUGGACGGGAGCCCCUGGUUCAGCAUCCGGGAGGGGCUGAACAUGCUCCAGCAGAAGGGACAUGAGGUGGUCGUGGUGGUACCUGAAGUCUCCUUGCACGUCAAACCAUCAGAGAACUUUGUGAUGAAAACGUACCCGGUCCCCUUCACACAGGAAGAGAUGGACAAUGCAAUCAAGGCAUAUUUUAAUAUUACAUUUGAAGAUGGAUCUUUUUUUGAAAGAUUUUUUAAAACAGUAGAAGCUUCGAAAAGAUUCACUGAUUUUUGUUUCUCCAGCUGUGAACAGCUCUUGCGAAACAAGGAGCUCAUGAGGUACCUUGAGGAGAGCAAGUUUGAUGCCAUCCUUACAGACCCUUUUAUGCCCUGUGGGGUGAUCCUGGCUGAGUAUCUUUCCCUUCCUUCUAUCUAUUUCUUACGAGAAAUGCCAUGUGGGUUAGAUUUUGAAGCCACUCAGUGUCCCAAGCCCCCUUCCUAUGUGCCCAGAUCAUUGUCAGACUUGACAGACAGCAUGACCUUUUUCCAGCGAGUGAAGAAUCUGCUCUUUGACACCCAAAACCUUUUCCUCUGUAAUUUUGUCUUUGACCCAUUCUCAAAACUGGCUUCAGAGUUCCUGCAGCGGGAGGUGACUGUGCAGGAUCUCUUUCGCAAGGCCUCUGUUUGGCUCCUGAGGAUGGAAUUUGUGCUAGACUAUCCAAGACCCUUGAUGCCCAACAUCAUUCCAAUAGGAGGAGCAAACUGUGCUCACAAGGAGCUGCCUCAGGUGGGUCACACUUUGUUCUUAAUUUGUGCUGUGAUGUAAUUUCUGUGUUCAGGAGGCUUGAACCUUGUGUUGCAGGUGGGAAUUGGCUUCCCAUGAUGUGUGGUUGGAUGAAUGCUCCUGAGUUUUUAUAGGAAGCAGUCUUUUACCUUCUCACCUCCAAAGUGUG